AUGGGUACAGAUAUUGAAUUUAACUUUGCAGAUGGUACGCUGGAUCUUUCCUUCUUAGGCACAAAAGAGCAGCUUCCAGAGCAGCAUCAUAAUCAGCUGCUGCUGCUUCAACGGCAACCAGGAAAAAGGAAACACAGACAGGGUGCAGGAGUAGCUGCCGCUGCCGCAUCAACUUCUGCUGCUGCUCGAAGUCUGCAGCAGCAGAAUAAGCGACUGGUCACCCAGAGCAAGAUCCGCGAACGUCAUUUGCAGCUUUUGCGGAAGGACGUUGAGGAGCAGCAGCAGCAUGAGCCGAGUGCUGAUGAGGACAGUGGCUUCAGCCGUGUUGCUUGCAUCUCGAAGUGCGUAAAUACCAGGAAGCAGCAGUUGAACAAGGACCAGCUACAAAUAGCAGCCGAAGGUGGCCCUGAGCGGAAGAAGCGAAAAAAGAAGAGCAAGGCUUCAAUAUCCACAAGACGACCCGAGGAGUGCCCUACCACUCAGGAUACACAGCCUAGCAGUGUAAGCAGUCGCUACGCUUCCAGUGGUACAGCAAGUGACCAAAGCCUCUUACCUUCGUCUGCCAAGAUGCAAGCGAAAAAGUUCGAGCUGGCAAGCCAGCUCUCCUCGGAUCCAACAGUGAACAAGCAGGAGAAGGAAGCACAUGAAAGCAUACGACCACAUGAAGGGAGUGCGCAACAGCAAGCACAGCAACCAAAGGAUGAAUGCUACGCGCUGCCUCAUCGAAUGAGCCGGAUACGACACAGACGUCUGUCUCAGCAGCGAUUGGAAGAAGAUCACGACAACGUUCGGGAGGGUGAACAUAGCGUUGAAGCGUGUUGUUCUGUCGCACUUCCAGACAUUCAGGCGAAGCAGCAGCAACAGCUGAAGAUUAGGGGCAAGACAAAAGGGGGGCGCAGCAUCUUCAUACGGAAGAUUUUUAAUGCGAGUACUAACAGUACACAGAAGAGAACAAAGACCAGGAGCAAACAGAAAAAUAUAAAAAACGACAACAGGCCAGAUUCAAUGGUCCGUAAGCUGUAUUUCCGAUAUAGUUCCAAGGGAUUGCAGCUUUAG